UAGACGAGAAGGAGUUAUGAUAGUAAGUUUGAGAAGAUGAGAGGUUCGCCCAUGCGAUCAGAUGGAUCUGCUGCAGAUUUGCCUUCUUUGCCUUUUAGGAGCUGGGAAGAUGGAGGUUUGGGAAGCUCAUUUUCAGAAGCUGAAGGGAGAACUAUCAAAGCAGUCUGUGAACAAAUGCAGUCAUUCCAAGGGGAUGAUUUGGGAGAUGACACCUCUAGUCGAAUAUAUGAAACUGUUCGGUCUGAAGUUAGACGUGCCAUUGCUGACAUCCAAAAUGACUUAGAAAGUACUAUCCGAAGGAGUAACACUACCACUAUUGCAAUGUCCAAUGUGACUGAUAUUCCUCCUGAUCUAGUCAACCCAAGUGCAGUUGAAUUAGUUUUGGACAUCAGAAGAGAAUAUGCCAAUAAGCUUGAGCAGUCCCAUGAACGGGCAAGGAAGCUUCGAGCAGACCUGGCUGUCGAGGAGCACCGUGGUUCAGAGCUUAGUAGAAUAUUGAAGGAAGUGCUUCCACAUCCCAAGACGUCAAAUGUGCAGAAACCCCGUGCUGCAAGAAAGUCCAGCAUUGAAAGAAGGAAGGUGUCAAAACGAUUAACAGAUGAAGCCAUGGCUUAUUUUGAUGAAUGUGUGUCGCUGUCAACAUUUGAUAGCUCUGACUUCUCAUCGCCAGAGGAUCCACCAAUAAACUUUGUUGGUGUUGCUUCCCCUGUUGGUGAUUGUGCAUCCUUUUCCCAAGCAAGUUCUAACGCUGCAGCAAACUGCUAUCCCAACAGUUUCACUACCAAUAAACAGGAAUUGGUUAGUGCACAUAGCCACAGUGCAUCAGUGUUGUCAGCCACUGGAAGCAGCAAGGAGCCUACUCUGGAUGAAGUCAUUCUAAAUCGCUCAGAAACACCAUACGGUCAGAGGUUUCAGUUUUCUUUUGCGUGCAAGCGAAAUGAUUCCAUCGAAGUUCAGCAGGAUAUUAGGAAGUAUGUCAAAAGCUUUGAGAAAGACAUGGAAAAAACUGGCGUCAGUUCAAAGAUUUUAAGAUCAAAUCACUUCGAUCUGGAUGAAUAUAAUUCGCAGGCCUCGAGGCAAAACUUUUUAUUUGACACAGCGUUCCUUAAUAACAGAAUUCAGCCGGGUAGUAUGCUACUAUGUGAUGGAGGCAUGGGAGUUUCAUUUUCUCCUUUUGCUGCCGUAAUCUAAAUGAUGUGUUUAGAUUCUUACAAAUUCAUUCUGACCAUCUGGAAUGUGGACAACUUUUGUAAGCCAUGGGGUUAUAGUCUUUCAGACAUGUGAUAUACGUAGAAGGGCUGAGAGCCUGAGACCUCUAACUAGGGCCCCUAAACAAGCGUGUUUUAUGAAAAAGGGUUCCUUCAAGCACGUUCUGUAGUUGCCUGUAAGCUCAUAUUGUGAUUUUAAGCAUGGGUGUUCAUAAAAAAAAAAAUGCCCCCAAGUGCAGCAUGUAAUAUUUGCAUCACUCAACCUCA